CACGUGUGGCCUUAAACUUGCAGCAAAUUGCAAAGAAAUGGCUCAAAAGCUUCAGAUUUCUCUGUGCCCUGGGAGCUGAGAUGCACGUCAGUGGCUUUUCUACAGACUGCCAGAGAAAAGAGGCUAGGAGGAAAGAGGAAAGAGUCGAAAUUGCCCAGGGGUGAGACCAUGCCCUUCCUCUUUUCUUUCCCCUAAUUUGCUCUGUCUGUGUCCAUCCAGGCUCUCCCCACCUGGGAAAACUGCUCAGAGCUGCUGUAGAAUUCACCCCAGUUUCCUCUUUCAGUCUGUGGGGAGUGGGGUCCAGCCCCUCGCUGAGCACAUUGGGAGGAAUUAGCUGUCUUUGAUCUCCACCUCCAGGAUCAGAGUCAAGGAAUAUUUUCAAAAUGGACACUUCAUCCAAAGAAAAUAUCCAGUUAUUCUGCAAAAGUUCAAUGCAACCUGUCGGGCAAUCUUCCUUUAAAACAGAAUAUUCUUCCUCAAAGGAGAAACAACGAUGCUGUGGUAAACUGAAGGUAUUUUUGGGUGCCUUGUCUUUCGUCUACUUUGCCAAAGCAUUGGCAGAAGGCUAUCUGAAGAGCACCAUCACUCAGAUAGAGAGAAGGUUUGAUAUCCCUUCUUCACUUGUGGGAGUUAUUGAUGGUAGUUUUGAAAUUGGGAAUCUCUUAGUUAUAACGUUUGUAAGCUACUUUGGAGCCAAACUUCACAGGCCAAAAAUAAUUGGAACAGGGUGCCUAAUCAUGGGAGUUGGAACAUUGCUCAUUGCAAUGCCUCAGUUCUUCAUGCAGCAGUACAGAUAUGAAAAAUAUUCUCCUUUCUCUAACUCCACUCUCAGCCUCUCUCCAUGUCUUUUGGAGUCAGACAGUCAAUUACCUCUCUCGAUUAUAGAAAAAUCACAAUCCAAAAGGACUGAUGAAUGUGAAAUGGAUGCCGGCUCUUCCAUGUGGGUUUAUGUUUUCCUGGGGAACCUUCUUCGUGGAAUUGGGGAAACUCCUAUUCAGCCUCUAGGCAUUGCCUACCUUGAUGAUUUUGCCAGUGAAGACAAUUCUGCUUUCUAUAUUGGGUGUGUGCAGACGGUUGCAAUUAUAGGACCGAUCUUUGGCUUCCUGCUAGGCUCAUUAUGUGCCAAACUGUAUGUUGACAUUGGCUUUGUAAACCUAGAUCAUGUAACCAUUACUCCAAAGGAUCCCCAGUGGGUAGGAGCCUGGUGGCUGGGUUACCUAAUAGCAGGAAUUGUAAGUCUUCUUGCAGCUCUGCCUUUCUGGUGUUUACCAAAGAGUCUGCCGAGACCCCGAAGUAGAGAGGAUUCCAAUUCCUCCUCUGAAAAAUUCAAGUUUAUUAUGGAUGAUCAUACAGACUACCAAACACCCCUUGGAGAAAAGUCAAAAAUAAUGGAAAUGGCAAGAGAUUUUCUUCCAUCACUGAAGAAUCUCUUUGGAAAUCCACUGUACUUGUUAUAUUUGUGUGCCAGCACCGUUCAGUUCAAUUCUUUGUUUGGAAUGGUGACCUAUAAACCCAAGUACAUUGAGCAGCAGUAUGGGCAGUCAUCCUCUAAGGCCAACUUUGUUAUCGGGCUCAUCAACAUACCUGCAGUGGCCUUUGGAAUAUUCUCUGGGGGGAUAGUUAUGAAAAAAUUCAGAAUCAGUGUAUAUGGAGCUGCAAAACUCUACUUGGGAUCAUCUGUUCUUGGGUACCUCCUAUUCCUUUCCCUGUUUGCGCUGGGCUGUGAAAAUUCUGAUGUGGCAGGACUAACUGUCUCCUACCAAGGAACCAAACCUGUCUCUUAUCAUGAACGAGCUCUCUUUUCAGAUUGCAACUCAAGAUGCAAAUGUUCAGAGACAAAAUGGGACCCUGUGUGUGGUGAAAAUGGAAUCACCUAUGCAUCGGCAUGUCUUGCUGGUUGUCAGACCUCCACCCGGAGUGGAAAAACUCUUAUAUUUUAUAACUGUACCUGUGUGGGGAUUGCAGCCUCAAAGUCAGGAAAUUCCUCAGGCAUGGUGGGCAGGUGUCAAAAAGAUAAUGGAUGUCCCAAAAUGUUUCUGUAUUUCCUUGUCAUUUCAGUCAUCACAUCCUAUACUUUAUCUCUAGGUGGCAUACCUGGAUACAUACUGCUUCUGAGGUGCAUUAAGCCACAAUUUAAGUCUUUUGCCCUGGGUAUCUACACCUUAGCAAUAAGAGUUCUUGGAAUCCCAGCUCCCGUGUAUUUUGGAAUUUUGAUUGACACUUCAUGCCUCAAAUGGGGAUUUAAAAGAUGUGGACGUAGAGGCUCCUGCAGAUUAUAUGAUUCAAAUGCUUUCAGACACAUAUAUCUGGGACUAACUGUGAUGCUGGGCACAGUGUCCAUUUUCCUAAGUAUUGCAGUACUUUUCACUUUAAAGAAAAAUUGUGUUUCAAAACAUAGAAGCUUCAGAACCAAGACAGAAGGAACAAUGGUGUCUACAAGAAUCAGGAAGGAAAAUUGUACUACAAGUGAUCAUUUGCUACAACCCAACUACUGGCCAGGCAAGGAAACACAGCUUUAGAAAAAUGAUGACUUGAAGCCAUGUUUUCUAAUUUCUGGAAAUUCUGCAAACAAAUAGAUUUUAAUCAAAGGGGUUUUAAAUGUGUCUUUUUUUUCUCCUUUCAAAAAAAAAUGUCUUUGUUUUUGGCCCUAGGUAUUAGAUAAUGUACCUAGUAACAAAUAUAAUUAAACAUAUUACAGAAAAUGUGGAUAAUAAAGUUAAUCCAAACCUUUUAAAUCUUCCUUAUUUAUACAAAUUCCUUGUAUUAUUUACUCAUUCUGCUUAAUUUUGCCUUGUGCCCGUUGAUACAUUAGCUGUAUUCCUAGAACAAUUGUUCUAAUAGUCUAAUGGCUAUAUAUAAAGUAAUUUCUAAACUAAAAUACUUGUCAAGGGGAAGAGAGUCCUGUUAAAAAAUUAAAUUAUAUCUUGGCCUCCUUCAAAUAUGACCUUAAUUGAGAUGUUGGGAUAGAGCCAGAAUAUGUAGAGAAAGAUUUCAUUUUACACUCUUCCUUUCUUUUGGACUAUAAUAAUUGAUACAGAAAUGUAUAGUGGCAAAUGAUCUUGGAGGAUUCAAAUUUUGGAUUAUUAGCUCUUCUACCAUCCAUUAUAUGUACAUUGUGUGUGACACUUGAAGUGACCAUGGUGGUAAAGUAAUAAAAUUAUUAUUAACAUGCGUCGUUGUCCUUCUAUAAAUUCAGUGGAUUAAAAAAUACUGUUUAUACAAUACUGCCCAUAUUUUAAUGUAUGUAAGCUGCUCUAGACAUAUGCACAUGAUGUGAUCCUAAAAUGCAUUUGAAAGUUGAAUUUCUGAAAGUCUACAGUAAGCU